UACACCCAACAACAACAGGUGAUGACUGGCAUAAGCCGUCAGUGGGUCUUAUAGCCCCCAACAAGACACAUCAAAAGGAAUGUAACAACAUUGUUACAUUAUAAUAAACAUUACUAUUGUGUCUCAGCCUCAACAUCUCACUUAUGAAGUAGUUCAGAAGACAUCUAAAUGAAGAGGAAACAAGAGAGAUGUGAUGGUGAGGAUACAGUGAAAAGACUUAUAUCCCCGGCUUCUCUUCUUCCAGACCAGUACGUUGUUGAACCCCAGCAACUGACCAGGGUUGAGCUAUUGACUCCAGUAUCAGCGUCAGGAUCACUGAUAGCUUCGCCAUCCAGUGUAUCAGCAGUUGGACCACUGACAGUCCCUACUGCAGUAGCAGUGGCUGUACAGACCGAGCAUGGAUCAGUAGGCGGCGACCACUGUCUACUUGGGCCAACUAUUACUUACACUCAGCCUACAUCACACACUUCUGCUUGCAAUAUUGUGCUUGCCAGCCCUCAGCCUUUUAUCCAGACGUCUGUUCCUGUUGCUGACAGUAGCGCCAUCCCCACCAAUAAUACCACAAUUGGUGCUUCCAGCAGCAUCCCAUCCGUAGCUUCACUCGCCACAGCAGACACUGGUAUAAUCUCAUAUACAAACACUGCCCCAGGUAAUACCCUUCAUUCAUAUCGUAACACUGACUCCAUCAACAGUAAUACUUGCGCUGCAUUCUCAUCCACCGCUUCAGUCAAUACAGCCGCUUCAUUCACCUCUUCUUACAUACCAAAUAACCCUUCUGUUGCCCCUACCGUGUCUGUACCAAUAUCAACAGUGGUCAGUACUUACACAGCAAAGAGGAACCAAGAAUCUCUUGUGGAGAGGCAACAGCGACUCUCAGAAAGAUUUAAUGCCCUGAUUCGUGGGAAAAUUAUUGAACUUGUUAGAGCCAGAGGUCUGAAGAAGACUGUAUGUCCCUCUGAGGUUGCUCGAGCACUUUCACCAAAGGCUUGGAGGGACUUAAUGCCAGCUGUCAGGAAGAUUGGAACACAGCUGGUGAAAGAAGGACUGAUUCUUGUCACCCAGAGAGGAACUAUAGUCGAUUUGUCAACUGCUCAGGGACCAGUUAGGUUCGGACUUGCUGGAUAAGAUGGCUGGCCCAUCAGUUAAGAUUGGGAGUCGGAUAGAAAGUGACGGUGCACGAGGAACAGUGAAAUGGAUAGGUGAAGUACCUACUACACAAGGAACAUGGUACGGAGUGGACUGGGAUGAUGCUGUGCGUGGCCGCCACGAUGGGUCUCACAAUGGGAUUAAAUAUUUUGAAACUAGGUUUCCAACAUCCGGGUCUUUUGUACGUCCAACAAAGGUAAACACUGGGAUUACCUUGGAAGCAGCGGUUCGAGGUAGAUACCAGGAUGACACUGCUGUGGAAACUCAGAUAACUGAACAACUGCAAAGAAUAAUCAAAGCAAGAUUUGUUGAGCUCGUGGGGAUGAAUAAGGUUGGAGAAAAGCAGAGACAGUUGGAGCAGCUGGAGACGGUAGUGCUGAACAAGUGGACCAUCUGGGGCAGCGAUGAGAGCGACCUGUCCGUGCUUUUGCCGAGGCUACGGCACCUGGAUGUCUCCGACACUCUCCUCUCCUCUUGGGCCAACGUUGCUCAUAUCACUCGGCAGCUGCCGUCCCUUCGCUUCUUGAACAUAAGUGGGAAUUUACUGAGCCUUCCUGAGCAGCCACUUGAGCACAAAGAAAGUCUUUGUCAUAUUACUCAUCUUGUACUCAACAACAUGAUGGUGUACUCCUGGCAAGACUUACUCACCUGCUGCACAAUGUUCCCAAAACUCAGCAAAUUACAGAUGGCUUACAAUAAUUUGAAAGAACUAGGGCCAAUUCCCGAUGGUCUGUUUGAUUCUCUACAAGAGCUAGAUAUCGGCGCCAAUCCUGUUGUCUCUUGGGAAGAUCUCUGCUGUUUGGGCUCACUUCCAAGACUCGAGAGCUUGAAUGCAAACAGCUGCAAAUUGAUGGAAAUCACAUUCCCCUGUACGCCUGCAACAGAGAAAACCACAAUGUUCCCAAGCCUCAAGCAGUUAACACUUGCUAACAACACUUUAGAUACAUGGAAAUGUACCGGAGAGCUGAACAAGUUGCCCAGCUUGGAAGAUUUGGUUAUCAGCUACGACGCAACGACUUCUCCGUUUUUCCAGGAGUUCACUUUUGCUCGGAUUGCUAAUCUUAUGGUGCUAAAUCGGGCACGAAUAACGCUGAAGGAGAAGAGAGACUGCGAGUUGUUUUACCUGAAGUCCUUCAGUAACGAGUACUUCAGCAGCGGGGGCACCGAAGAUGCCCGCACUGAUCACCUCACUCAAGACUUCAUCCAAAAGCAUCCUAUGUAUGCCCAGCUUGUAAAAACUCAUGGGCCACCCAUGGAUGAGACCAGCAGCAACAACCAGAAACAUCAGAAACUAAAAGAUCUCAAGAUUGAGUUGAAGGUUGUCACCCCUGAUCAUCCCGAGAGAGAACCUUUUACCAAACCAUUUUUGCCGACGACCAAGGUGGCAAAAGUAAAAAUGAUGCUUAAAAGGCAUUUCAAAAUCAAUCCAGCAAUUGCAGUGAGGCUCAGUUACUCUAGUGUGAAGGGUGGAAAGACGUUUGAAAUUCCAAUGGAUAAUGAUAUGCAAGAAAUGGCGUACUAUUCCAUACGAACGGGAGAUACACUACUACUUAGGUGGUAAUAUUAGCACCACCCCUUAACACUUAGGUGGCAGUAUUAGCACUACCCCUUAACUGUUAAGUGGUAACACUUGCCUCACCCCAUUAACUUGGUCAUGUUAUGUAUAAGCACUAUCCAAAUUUCACAAACUUAGCAACAUGCAAUGUAUGGGGGGCAACAUAUGUAAUGUUGAAUAUUGCAAUAAAGUUCAGAAUUAUUAUUGUUUUAAGACAUAUGGCUAUGCAUAAACAAAACUAAUGACCAGAAUACAUGGCAGCACUGGCAAGACAGUGAUGGAGUGAGUGAUGGUAAAUGUUUUUCUUCUUUUUGGGUGACCCUACCUCGGUGGGAGAUAGCUAGUGUGUCGAAAAGAAAAAUUUAUAUAAAUUAGCAUAAAGAAUUAUCUGAUUCACAUUUUCUUGGACUAGGAUCUAGAUUCAUUUUUUUUUUUCCAAGAUCUCAUUAUUUUUAUUUUGUAAUAAGACACAUGUGCAACACGUAGGUACCUACGACACAUGUGCAACACGUAGGUACCUACGACACAUGUGCAACACGUAGGUACCUACGACACAUGUGCAACACGUAGGUACCUACGACACAUGUGCAACAUGUAGGCAUCUUGAUUGUGAAAUAUUUGGCCUAUACAGUAGGCUUCUUGCAUUUCUACUUUGUAUUCAUUUCAGUUAGGCUGAUUCCAGGCUUUAUUUAUGAUAGUACAGUACGUAUUUAUCAAUAAAGAGCUUUGCACAUGGGGACUGCAGUCCCCAUGGUGGUUUUGAGAGUCAUGUACUGUGCUGUAUUAUACUGUGUACAGUACUGUAGUGUGUACAGUAUGUACGCUUAGGCAUUGCCGUCAUGGUUUAAGGUUGCUGCUUACCAUAACCCCCUUCCCCACCCAAGUCAUUUUCACAUUCUGUAUGGCGAAUUUCAACAUUAUUCAGCUGAUUAGUACUAAGGUUAUGAAUAUUCCUGAGCUUCAGAACUUUGCAUUUAUCUACAUUGAACUGCAUCUGCCACUUUUCUGACCACGAAUUGAGUUUGUCUGAAUCCUCCUGCAGUUCCGUGACAUCUAUGUCUGAACCAGAUGCUGCCUGUACACAGUACAGGCAGCAGCUGGAUUCUCUCUUAUUUACUAAUACUCUUUAAAAUUCAACCUUAAGAAAAUCAAAUAAUAAGUCUAUAAUUUGUGACCAAAAAAUUUGAAUCCAUGUGGUUAAAAAAAAAGAGAAAUAUAUUUAAAAUUUCUUUUUAAAUAAUUGAAAGCAUCGAAACUACAGAUCAAUGUUUGUUAUUAUUUGGUUCAAAGUGCCUCGUCAGUAAUGCAAAACAUCAGAAGUCGGAAAAGUGUAAGUUAGGACCCACUACUAAAUAAUGAUACAUAAUUAUUCUGAUGCUUGAGGUGUAUACCUGGAGUAUACCUGGAGAGGGUUUCGGGGGUCAAUGCCCCCUACGGCCUGGUCUGUGACCAGGCCUCAUGGUGGAUCAGCCUGAUCAGCCAUGCUGUUACUGUUGGCCGCAUGUAAGCCAACGUGUAAUAAGACUUGAGAAGUGAUCAGGGAAGAGGUCUGUAAAGCUACGACAAUGGGGAUAUAACUCACAAUCCACCAGAGAAGGAAAACUUCUCUUUACCAUGAAGACUGUAACAACUUGCUUUGUAAGAGUCGACCCUUGUGGGUUUAGUGCUUAAUUAUGAUUAUAAUUUGUAAGAGUUACGGCAAGAGAUCAUUAAGAGGAUACAUAUCGUAAAUAUGUUUCCCCUCAGUAAGCCAUGUGUGUCGUAAGAGGCGACUUACAUGCCGGGAGUAGGGGGCUAGUAACCCUUUGGUAUAAAUUACCUCGUGUAAAAGGAAAAACAUACAUUUUUCGUUUUUAGGUCACCGUGCCUCAGUGGGAGACGACCGGUGAGUUGAAAAAAAAAUUAUUAUCUUGAAGUUUUGCAGUUAUGACAGAAAAUAGAUGUGUAUAUAUUUUUGUAUUGUAAUUUUAACGACACUUGUCACUGACAUAGCUCCAGUAUGUUUAUUGUAAAUGUUCACUGAAAGGUGUGUAAAUAUGUACCCGAUACACGAGCACACUGCUCAGUGCUCGUGUGGAAAAUGAAAACGAGGUAUAGGCACAGUCGUGGACAGAAUUGUAGUCACAUACGCAUUUACAUAACUACUUGAGCUUAUUCGGUACUCAGUAAAACUAUGAACAUGUAUGACUCCUGUGGGUUUAGCACCUAAUUGUUCUUCUUUCAACAAACUGCCCAUAUCCCACCAUAGCACUUAGUUAUGAUUAUAAUAUGAACAUGUAACAUGACUAUUUGUCCCUGGCUCGGCAUGUAUGAGCAACACUCAUUAACGAAAUAGAACGUUUAAAAAAAAAUUUAAUCAUUUAUUGCUGAAAAUUUCUUUAAACACAGUAAUAUAAUUUAUGCAUACACUGUGUUGGGAGUAUAUAAUAUAAGAGCUGCCUUCUGUGUUGGAGGUAUAUAAUGUAAGUCGUCUUCACCGGUAAGACUUGAUACUCAGAGGUGUAGAUCACUGCAGUAAUACUUUUAGAUGAGUAAACUGUGCCUGACAUUGAUAUCUUAUCUUUACUGAUAUCAUUAAAGAUAAUUGUCGGCCAUGUGUCUUAUUCAUCUAAUUGCCAGUAUUGUGUAACAUUAAUGUAAUGAUGUAUACAGUGGACCCCCGGUUAACGAUAUUUUUUCAUUCCAGAAGUAUGUUCAGGUGCCAGUACUGACCGAAUUUGUUCCCAUAAGGAAUAUUGUGAAGUAGAUUAGUCCAUUUCAGACCCCCAAACAUACACGUACAAACGCACUUACAUAAAUACACUUACAUAAUUGGUCGCAUUGGGAGGUGAUCGUUAUGCGGGGGUCCACUGUAUUUUAAACAUGUCGGUCAUAUUCCACCGAGGCAGGGUGACCUAAAACGAAAAAUGAAAGUUUUUAUUUUUAAAUUUAGUAAGUUAUACAGGAGAAGGGGUUACUAGCCCCUUGCUCCUGGCAUUUUAGUAGCCUCUCAUGACUUUUUUCUUUUAACACAUAUGCUGUCUUCUACUGAGGCAGGGCGACCCAGAAAAUAAACACUUUAACCAUCAUUCACACAAUCACUGUUUUUGCAGAGGUGCCCAGAUACAACAGUUCAGAUGUUAUUCCGAACAGCUAAUAUCAAACUCCUCCUUUAAAGUGCAGGCAUUGUACUUCCCACCUCCAGGACUCAAGUCUGGCUAACCGGUUUCCCUGAAUCCCUUCACAAAAUAUUACCCUGCUCACACCAACAGCUCGUCAAGUCCCAAAAACUAUUAGUCUACAUUCACUCCUAUCUAACACAUUCACACAUGCCUGCUGUAUGUCCAAACCUCUUUUACCCUCCCCUCCCUCCAUCCUUUCCUAGGCCAACCCCUACCCCUCCUACAGAUUUAUAUACCUUCCAAGUCAUCUUAUAUUACUCCAUCCUCUCUAAAUGACCAAACCACCUCAACAACUUCUCCUCAGCUCUGAAUAAUACUUUUAUUAUUUCUGAUCUAUAGAUCUGAACUUGUGCUCCAACUCAUUCAAGUUGGACCUGAAUGCCUUUCAGGGGUCCAGGGUCUGUAUUGCCCCCUGCCCUCUCUAUCCCUAUUGGUCUGAUAUGACUCUUAACAAAUUACAGUCUACCAAACUAAGUUUAGGUUUCUGGCCUUCUUGUCAUCGAUGCCGAGGUUGGGAGACAACACACUCCCGUCUUCGCAUCGGACACUUGUCUUACUUAUGGGUAUCUCAUGGAGAGGUGCCCUGUUCCACUAAGAAUUGUCAGGUUCCAAUUUCAGUUUGCAGGCCAUGGUGCCACGGCGCCCUGUGGCCGGGUGGCUAAAGCUCUCGCUUCACAUGGAGAAAAUCCAGGUUUGAUUCCCGGUCAGGGUAGAAACAUUGGGUGUGUGUGUUUACACCAGUUGUCUAUGUUCCCCAUCAGUAAAAUGGGUACCUGGGUGUUAGUGGACUGGUGUGGGUCACAUCCUGGGACAAAACUGACUUAAUUUGCCUGAAAUGCUCUGCAUAAAAGGCAGCUUUCUAUGUAGUAGUAUGUCAUUGAUGUCAGCUAUGGUCUGUAUACCUUGUAUAUGCACUUCUAGAAAUAAAGAUAUUAUUAUUCUGUUGGACUGUCCCGUCUUUCGAGCAUGCAGAAUUUACCUUGAACAUCGUCACCACUCAUACAUCCUUACUUUAUCUUCCCUCCUCGCUGACGACACCACCUUGAUACAGACUCCCUCUUUGACUUUUUGACACCAACAGAUUACACAAACUUGGAUAAUACUUCCUUUAGCACUCCACACAGCCCUUUCUAACUACCUCUGAAAUCCUCUCCCGGUGGCCUGGUGGCUAAAGCUCCCGCUUCACACACGGAGGGCCCGGGUUCGAUUCCCGGCAGGUGGAAACAUUUCGACACGUUUCCUUACACCUGUUGUCCUGUUCACCUAGCAGCAAAUAGGUACCUGGGUGUUAGUCGACUGGUGUGGGUGGCAUCCUGGGGGACAAGAUUAAGGACCCCAAUGGAAAUAAGUUAGACAGUCCUCGAUGACGCACUGACUUUCUUGGGUUAUCCUGGGUGGCUAACCCCCCGGGGUUAAAAAUCCGAACGAAAUCUUAUCUUAUCUUAUCUUACUACUCUGUGCACCAACACCCCCUGCCCUGCAGCACUGUAUGGCCCUGGUGGGUUUAGUGCUUCUUUUUGAUUAUAACAUAUUUAGAAAGUUUUUGAUAUAGAUCAAGUUGAUAUUAUUUUUGUCAAGUUAGCAUUCCCCCAGGAUGCCACCCACACCAGUUGCCUAACACCCAGGUACCUACUUACUGCUAGGUGAACAUGGACAGCAGGUGUCUUAACAUUUCCACUCAUACUGGGGAUCUAACCAUGAACCUCAGUGUGUGAGUUGAGUGGGUAGCCCAGCCACGGGGAUUCCAUUUUCUUGGAUUUACUUAUUACCUCCCAAUUCCCUUGGCACUGUAUGGCCCUUAUGGGUUUGGUGCUUUCCACUGUAAUAUCACAUUCAUAACUAAGUGCUGAAUCCACAAGGGUUCCUUUAAAUGUACAAUAGUAUAAGCUUUAAAUGCAAACUAUUAAAGUUUAUGCUUCUGCUGUUUACACACAAGUUACUAUUUUCUUUAAUACAAAAUUUUCCAGUGUCU